CCCUCUGUCCCUUCAGAACCACAGAUCAUUGCUCAGAGGUGUCUGAUGCUGCCCAAUGCUAUUUUUCACCAGCUUGACUUGAGCAGAGCCAGGUCUGUGGAUGUGCUGCACCUUCCAGUUCUGCUGGGCUAGAACAACAAAGUUCAGUGCUGUGGCUGCUGCUCUUUGAGAACGAACUUGCUGAAGGAUUCCAUCACCUCCACAGACCAGUAAUCAUGUCACAGAUGCAGUUUAAAGAUGCCUUUUGGUGCAAAGAGUUCACCUCCCACACUGGCUACGAGGUGCUUGUACAACGGCUGUUGGAUGGGAGGAAGAUGUGCAAAGAUGUGGAGGAUCUGCUCAGGCAGAGAGCCCAAGCAGAAGAGAGAUAUGGGAAAGAGCUAAUUCAAAUCGCCCGAAAAGCAGGAGGACAAACAGAAAUCAACACACUGAAGGCAGCAUUUGAGAGGCUCAAGCAGCAAAUCGAAAGUGUUGGAAACUCUCAUAUCCAGCUGGCAGCAAUGCUGAAGGAUGAACUGAAAGGAAUAGAGGAGUUCCGAGAAAGACAGAAGGAGCAAAGAAAAAAGUACGAGUCUGCAAUGGAGCGCGUGCACAAGAGCAAGUUGUCCCUCUAUAAAAAAACAAUGGAGUCAAAGAAGACCUAUGAACAGAAGUGCAAGGAGGCGGAUGAGGCUGAGCAGUCCCUUGAACGGACGAGUGCUUCGGGCACCCAAAAGCAAACAGAAAAGAGUCAGAACAAAGCCAAGCAAUGCAGAGAUGCAGCAAAUGAAGCAGAGAAUGUGUACAAACAGAACAUUGAGCAGCUGGAUAAGGUACGGACAGAGUGGGAACAGGAACAUAUCAAAACCUGCGAGGUCUUCCAGCUCCAGGAGUGCGACCGCAUCGCUGUCCUCCGCAACUCGCUGUGGGCUCACUGCAACCAGCUCUCCAUGCAGUGUGUGAAGGAUGACCAGCUGUAUGAAGAGGUUCGGGUAAGCUUGGAGAACUGCGUUGUAGAGUCAGACAUAGACUGCUUCGUUAAGACUAACAUGACAGGAACACAACCUCCAGAUGCAAUAGGAUACGAGAACUACUACAGCAGAGAACUAAACAGAAGCAACAGCAGCCCAACCCAGUCUUGUGGGAUGAUGAAGAGAUUCGCUGAACUACUGCAUGGAAGCAGCAAGAACACAGAAAGUGCCCCUCCUUCAGCCCCUCCUCUGGCAGUGAAAACAGAUGGAGUCUAUGCAUCAAUUUUUGUAAAUGAACAAGCUGGAAACACAUCAUCACAGGACUACAGAGUACUUUAUGACUACACAGCCCAGAGCAUGGAUGAACUGGACAUCAGUGAAGGAGACAUUGUAGCUGUCAUUGAAGAAAAUGAGAAUGGCUGGUGGACAGCAGAAAGGAAUGGGCAGAGAGGCUUCGUGCCUGGGACUUAUCUUGAAAAGCUUUGAUGAAUUGAAGCUACAGGCCUCGGACAUUAGAAGUAUUCUGUUACUGAAAAAAAACCCAAACAUCACACAAAGUCAGCUUCAGCUGACCAAGCACAACUCAUAACACUGUUCCUACACUUACCAGUCAGGAACUAACUGACUGACCAUGCUUUCAUCUCCAUUCCUCCUGCCCCAUCCCACCACCUCCUGGUUUACACUGUCUGCAAAAAACAUCAUCUCAGAGAGACAAAGAAUUGUGUUUCUUACUUAAUACAGUUCUUACCCUCAGCACACUCUGCUGCCACCAGUGUUGCAAAGCUUGGUGAAUCUGAGAGGAAAAUCCUGCCCACAACUUAACCACACUAAAGAGAAGAGACCAAGGAAGCAAGUGCUGCUUUUCCAGGAGGAAGGACCAUCUCCCAUCAGCCUGUAAGCCACCCUCAUGGUCACAGCAG